GCUAACAUCAAGCGUGACAACUCACACAUUCUGUUUCCUCAAGUGUUCGCUCAAUUACUGGACUGUUGACCACUAUUGUCCACUCCAGUAGUCGAUUAUUACCUAAUUAUUGCCAGUAAUUUAUAAAGGUUCUGAGAACGUGUCAAGUGCCGUCUGCUGGGCAAGUCGGUCACGCUGAUGACGUCAUACCGGCUCCGUUGAUGGCGUAACGACCAUUUAUUUUGUGGCGAAUUUUUUUACUAGCAACAAGGAUCGCCUCAUUUCCUAGGAUAACUGCCGUUUUCAUAACAAGGAAUUGUGUUAGUUGUGUUACUUGAAUCAAAACUUUUCAACUACAGUUACAAAUGUUGGGGAAAAACUUCUCAUCUGUAAAACUGUUUGAUCACAGAACGGUUAAAAUAUAAAAACAGAAGACUUUAUAACAAGAUAAGUCACAAUGGUCAAUCAUACCUGGAUGAGUGGACAUUUUUACAGCUGAUAAACCAUGCAUUCAACGAUGGACGGAGACACGGAAAAUAUUAUCCCAACCAAACUUGUCGUUGUUAUAUUCAUACUGAUCAUCAUCGCCUGUUUCCUAGGCAACCUGGCUGUGAUACUUGUUGUUAUUUUUAGACCAGUUCUUCACACGUCGACGAGUUUUUUUCUUCUCUCACUCUCCAUCGCUGACCUACUGGUUGGUAUUGUUGUCGUCUCCUUGACCCUGGUACACAAACUUAACAUGGAUUACGCACAAAAUGUCAGUGAUUUAGCGUGCGUGGUUCUUCCAUUUAUAGAAUUGGCUUGUGUGACUGCUAGCGUCUACUCUCUCUUGUUUGUCAGCAUAGAUAGGUACAGAGCGAUAGUGCUAGCUCGCAAGCCAGCCCAGAACACGUCCAUAGCCCUGUCUUUUGUCCUUGUUUGGGUGUGGGCCUUUGUCUACUCGGCCAAAAUUUUUGUACAGGAUUUCUUCAAUUCUUCCAUCGACGAGGAACAGCCGAUAGAACAUUCCAUUGAAAACACAACCGAUAUUAUAUCAGUGGUGACUAAUGAAACAACAGCAGAAGUUUUGCCCGUCAUCAACACCACAGUUAGCCAGGUAGAUUUACCUGAGCGCGCUUACUGCAGCAUUUUAGUUGAGGAGGACGAUGAUGAUUUACCUUACAGAAUCCUCGACCUUGUUAUAUUAUUUGUCAUUCCUGUGGCAGCCAUGAUUUAUAUUUUCGUCCAAAUACGCAAACGUCUGUGGGGAUCUAGCGUGGGAGCCACGACAAAUGUCAGGAGGAAGCGGGCGGUCAUCCGAUUCUUGGCCAUUGACAUCAUCGUCUUUGUCGUGUGCUGGCUGCCGUUCUACUUGAUUGAUAUAGUCACAGAUACCAUGAAAAUUAUUGUAGAUCAAAGUGAAACUGACGCCCUUGAACAAGGCUCGGUGUAUGUGAUUGUGAGGUUUAUGUGCAUAGUUCUGGCAAUGUGCAACAGUUUUUUUAACCCUCUCAUCUACGCUUUCUUCAACAAGAACUUCAUCAAUGAGGUGUGCAUCAUGUUCUCCAGCUGUCGAUGUUUCACCUGUUUACCUAACAAGGUGGCUCCAGAAACCACUGACGAAACGCAAGCAAGUUGUCCUGGUGAUGGACCAGUGGUCAGUACAACUUGAUGUUUAACCUGUCUCUCAGGAGACGGUAAAGAUAAUUAAAAUCAUAUCAAGGUCAAGUACGGGCUCUGCUUAUCAAAUGGACAUCACCCAAACACGUCGACAAACGGACAUCACCCCAACACGUCGAUAAAUGGACAUCGCCACAACACGUCGAUAAAUGGACAUCCCCACAACACGUCGAUAAAUGGACAUCGCCACAACACGUCGAUAAAUGGACAUCACCCCAACACGUCGACAAAUGGAUAUCACCACAACACGUCGAUAAAUGGAUAUCACCCCAACACUUGAUAAAAGAUCUGUCAACACAGCAUAUAACGACGUUUGGACAAUCAUUUCAAAUUUUGAUUGAGUUAAAUGAUGGCUCAACACUGCCCUAUGCCAACUUGUAGAUAGCCAUUUCAGUCCUGCACUACCAUUAUAAAUUAACGAUUGAUGGAUGCCGUUGGUGACAUAAACCUACUGUAUCACCAGAUGUAUUUGUCACGUGACUAAACAUUUUGCUAAGUGAAUAGACAACUUUGUUACACUCCUACCCUAAGAGAACAGUCAAUGUUCAUCAACUCCAAGCUUGGAUCACGCUCUGUGUUUACUUUUGUUUGUUUACAUUGUUCAAACAUGUUUCAUUAAAUUACCUCUCCCAUAUUUCAUUUAUUUAUUUUAAUUAUUUACUAGCCUUCCCGGCCAGGCCCUCCACUGGUCUCUGUGAAAAACCUAUAAGUUAAGGACCAUAACUUGUGUGUUUAUCAAACAGCAUAUCCCCGGCAUUGCCCAGAUUUAACAAAUAUAUUACUUUUCGAAUUAAUCCUAUCCACCCUAUCCACAACCAACCAAAACUAAAAUACACAAAAAAACGCAAACAUUAAGCAAACACAAACACAAACAAAAAACAACGCAAACAAAGACACUAACACAAAUAAAAAAGCAAACAUAAACAUAAACCCACACAAAUACAAAUACAAAGAAAACACAAACACAAAAGCAAACGCAAACACAAACAAUUACACAAACACAAAUCCAUACAUAAACACAAUGCAAACACAAAUAAAAAUAGAAACGCAAACGCAAACCUAAACGCAAAUAACAACUCAAAUUUAUGCUAAUGUA